UAGAACUAGGGUUUCCCGUUCGUCUGCUCAUACAAAAAGCGCCCGACCACCACUUUUGGCUGCGUCCUCAAACUCUAAUCGCAAAAUCACACGCACUACACACACUGAGAAUCAGGAGGACGAAGAAGAAAUGGGAGUUUAUACAUUUGUUGUCAAAGGAUCCGACGGCGACUGGAGCGCCAAGCAACUCAAGGGCGAUCUUGAGGCUUCAGCCGCCUCUACUUUCGAGCUGCAGCGCAAGCUCGUUCAAGCCGCCACUGCUGCCGAUUCCGCUGGUGGAGUUCAGUCUUCCUUCUCCUUCAUCACACCUUCCUCCGCUGUUUUCCAGGUUGUCAUUGGUGGUGGUGGUGGUGGUGGUGGUGGUUUCAUUGGUGGUGGAGCUGCUGCUGCUGCUGCUCCUGCAGGUGGUGCGCCAGCUGCUGAAGCUGCUCCAGCUAAGGAAGAGAGAGAGGAGAAGAAGGAGGAGAGUGAUGAUGAGGACUUUGGAAUGUCCCUCUUUGAUUAGAUUACCAUCUUUUACAUUGUGGUAUAUUGUUGUUUUGGUGAAACAACUUUUGAAUGUGCAUCUAGCUGCUUAAAGUUUUGGUAGUAUUUGAUAAUUAAACUUAAUUUUUGAAAGAACUAGUGUAAUUUCUUGAACCAUGGAACUUAAGAUUUGAAAGAUGUAGUGAACUUUAUCUAUCCUUGCAGAUUUUGCAUGUGAUUUAGUGAAUCCUAAUCCAUCUCUAUGUUAGUUCC